GCUGACUGCUUCAACAUUCCUGCGACAGACGCCUGUUAAGAACAAAGUUUCGCAUUAAACUAGCAAAUGGAAAUCUGUCCAGGAUAGAAAGCCACACAUUGUGGCUUAAUAUUCUCUUUUACACAAGGGGAAUAAGUAUCAUUAUUGAGUUGUCUAAUUAGCAAAUUUAGACAUGACAACCAGUUUGGGUGAGGAGUUUACUUUUCUCCAGCAAGUGUUGGAAUGACUCGAGGGGACCCGGUGGCCUAGUUUACAGCGCAUCACAGCAGCUGUUGCUCGCCGGGAGAAACGCCAGUUUCACGGAUUGACCAUUAUUCCUCCUCAAUGAGUGUUAAGUUGGGGGAGGAUUUCAGAUUUCAUCGUGUGUGUGUGUGUGUGUGUGUGUGAGGGUGGAGCUACUAUGGAGAAAGUGAGGCUACAAUAUGAUGAGCAGCACUCACGACGCAUCUGCCGCCAUUCACCUAGCGACUGUCUGCGGCGACACCCACUUCCACCUCGGCGACACCCACCUCCCGCGUGCAGCUCUUGAUCGAGACAACAGCGUAGAGCUGCUCUAGUGUUCCUCUUCUGUGCUGUGACAAGACACCGAACUGCUACUGAGAGACAGAAAACACACAUUUUGAUUACAGAAAUAUUAGCAGAAAAUGGACACUGGGUAGUGCCAGAGAUAAAAUCAAGCCCACGUUAUGGGGUAUUGAUGCAGAUAUCACUAGAAUGCUGUCACAACCACACUGACUCGUGACUUAGAACACUGAAGAGAAAGAACAAAGUUCAGCCACCUGCCACGUCUGCUCAGAAGCAAAGGACUUCCAUGUGUUUGAUUUGAGCAACAUACAAAUACAUCAUCAGUGUCACUGGACUCUGCCCCAGCGUCCAUCAUGAAGACAACCUUGGUCGCAGUGUGGGCAGCGUUGGCAGCCUGUGCUUUCGGCCAACUGCAAGCACCGGCUUCCCUGUCGUCCGCCACGCCUACAGCCGAGGACAGAGCCAUGGCCGUGCCAUUGGCGGCAGAGCACAGGAUGCGCGGAGUCACAGGCUCACAGGAUGGUAGGAGUGCACGUGGCCUCCUUUCGUCUCUCAUCGCUCCAUUUGUGGGAGGCUUUCAGCGUGCAACGGGGGGCCACCGUGGUCGGGAGAGGCCUCGUCCGGCAAAUUGGAGACCCAUAUACACCCGCCACCCUCAAAAACCCGCUCCGCCACAGCCCACCGUCCGGCAUCCUCCUGGAGUGUCACCGCAUUUGGUACAGGCGGACACGAGACAUUCUCUGCAUCCUCAGCUGACCGUGCCGCCAGCCGAGCAGCAGCGCCACGAUAGCCUACAUCGUGAAGUUGUCCGGCAGAAGGCAGUUCCUCAUCCAUUUCCCUUCGAGGUUCCUUCAGAGUUCUUAAGGCCUCGUCCUGAAGACUUGAUGCACGAUGGAAGCGCUCGUGUCACAAUCCCCACCGGACAGGACUUCAAACUCCUGUCAGAGGCGAGCCAUCUAGCACAUAAGGUUUUCAAGGGCGACGGUCUGACAUCACACUUCAAAUCUGGCAUUGAGGGGGAGCCCAAUUUCUCGCCUCUAGAAAGCUCAGUUAACGGGAAAAUUACUGAGGGCGAAUGGCAACCGUUCCAGCCAACUUACGAUGUCUACAGGCCUCCAGCGGACAGUCAGGAUGAGUUCUUCAUUAUCGGGGACACGCUGAUCCCACCUGCUGAACAACAUGCCCCACUGCAACCGCAGCCCUUCAACAUGCCCCACACCCGCUCCUCGGCACAUUUACCAAACCACCAGCACACCUCACUGUCGGCACCACCACCACCACCACCACCACCAGUACAAAACUUCCCUCCACCACCUAAGUUCCCUCCACCAACCAAGUUCCCUUCUUCGCCUGAGUUACAGUUUGGAUCGCAGGAAUCUAACCCCUCUCGUGUUCCUACUUCCUCCUCCCACUUAAGCUUUGCCCCUUCCUCUUCCUCCCUCUCCUCACCACAAUCCCCAAAGCAUCCUUUCCGGACGGCUGCACCAAAUUCACCACCACCACCACCACCACCACCAUCACCACCAUCACCAACCGCAUUCACUAAUUCUCCCAUCACCAUCUACACUUCAUCCCCCACUACGCAUACGCCUCACGCUUCGUCCAAAUUACCACAGCCCACGCCAACUCUGGUUCUCAAGAAGCCGCAUACCCCGAAGAUUCGAGUAACACUGUCGCCUCAGAACCAGCAAGGUGGCCGUCCAGUUCCUCAGAAACAUGACAAAUUCCCUCCCAUAUCGAACCAGCAAAGCCGCUUCCAGUCUUCAGACAGUGAAGACAGCAACACCCGGCCUCCAAAUAUUCAUGGAAACCACUUGCAGCCUUUGCACAAUCAGGAGGGUCACUUCCAGCCUCCACAGGACCAAGAAAAACCCUUCCAGUCUCAACAGAAUCAUGAAAGCCACCUUCAGACUUCACAGAACAGCAGAAACAACUUGCAUUCAUCACAGAAACAACCAAUCUUACUCCCCCCGCCAAGCAGACAUCAACCAGGAUCUCAAAAUCAACAGAACCACGGACCAGCUCCACUGAAACAGGGGAACCAUCAACCAGGACAGAAUUUGCACUCAACUUUACGACCUCAAGGAUCAUCAUCGUCUCCUCAACCACAAAACAACCCACCAACGACUAAAUUAAGCCAUCAGACAGCAGUACAGAAGCACCAGAAUAGAGAACCACAUCUAACACAUCAACAAAAUCCUCAGCAAUCUUUCCAGAACCAGCAUACCCGUUCGCAAUCCUCACAGAAGCAACAGAAUCCCUUACAGUCCUCACAGAACCAAAAGGAGAGUUCACAACCCUCAGAGAUUCAACAUAACCGUUUGCAACAUCCACAUGACCAACAGAACCGUUUGCGGCAUCCACAGAACCACUUGCAACAUCCACAGAACCAACAGAAUCCCUUGCAAUCUCCACAGAACCAGCAGGACCGUUUGCAACAUCCACAGAACCAACAGAGCGGCUUGCAACAUCAACAGGAUCAACAGAGCGACUUGCAACAUCCACAGAAGCAACAAAAUCCUUUGCAACAUCCACAGAAACAACAAAGCCCCCGAGGACCUCCACACAACCAAGGGAGCUUCCAACAACCAAUAAAACAACAACAGAGCCGCUUACAACCUCCUCAGAGCCAACAGAAGCACCUACAACCAUCACAGAAUGAGCAGAGCCAAUUACGACAACUGCAGCACCAACAGAACGGUCUACACUCCUCGCAGAAUGGACAGAACCGCCUACAACUCUCACAGGACGAAAAGAAUGAUUUGCAGCAUUCUAGGGGAGAACACGACCUGAAAAAUCAAGAGAGUUAUUUGCAGUCUCCACAGAGUCGAGAGAACUCGCAACGACCUCCAAACAGCCAACGUCUGAGCGUACAACAACGCCCACAGAGGCCACAUAACCCUAAGCAACCCUCCCAGAAACCCUCACAAUCUCCGCAAAACCAGGAAGUCCACCAUACAACUUUACGUGAUCCAAACACCCCGACAACAUCACAAUACCCGCACAAGACUCCCACGCCGCAGCUGAUCCAACACAGCCAGACACCUGCCGCAGAGAGGCAACGAGUCACUUCACAGAACACAAAGCUUCAGUCACAAGGACCCGAAACUCCCCUUUCGAAACACCCAAGCUAUGCACCGCCUACUGCAGUGCCUCCGUCAGGCACCAAAUCUUCCUUCCCUUCGUCAGGAUCUCCCUUAGAGCAUCAGGGGAAGUUCACUAAAGGGACAAGACCUACUGCAGCUUCCUCCCCAGGCACUAAAACUUCCUUCCCUUCGUCAGAUUAUUCUUCACAGCACCAGGGGGCGUUCGAUAGAGGAAACACAAGACCUACCCCUGCCACCUCCUUUCCUUCUUCAGGGUUCGAGUUCUCUGACAUCAGCGAGAAUGUCGCCAACCAAGUCCUGAGCAAUAUUGGAUCCUUCGGCAAGAGAAUUAGAUCCAAGGAACGUCUUCAAGAACCAUCUGAAGAUCCAGUCAGUGAUGUCAACAAAAGGCUCAUUCGGAACCUGAGGGAUUCUGCCCACUUGCGGAGGACGCGGCUGAGUAACGAGCAGCUGCAGGAGGUGUCUGAGGGCCCCGCCAACUUGCCGCCCAGCCACCAGCUCCACCCAGGCACACACGGCGUCAGCGGGGACACAACGGACUCGGUUUUCCCUGAGGUCACUAACUAUAAUGUGAUGGUGCUGCCCUACCAGACCUUGAAGGAGUCUGGCGCCCCUGCCAAAUCCUCCGACAACUUGGCGCCAAAUUCCUCUGGCCAGGCGUUCCAAGAUGACGUGUCCGUAUUUCUAGUGCAGAGGCAACACUCCAACACCUCGCAGCUUCCCGUCGGUUCUGGCGCCAGUAAUGUCGGAUCCCCGGACAAGACAACAGGAGCCAAAAGAGAGGCAAAGACGUCCUGGAUCUCAGCUGGUGGUUCUGGCGAUGUAGCGGAGAUGCUCGGCUCCCUGGCGCCUCCACCCUCCACCUUCUGUGUUCAUGGGUUCUGCGAGGAAUCCUCCGCCGCCCACUCAGACAACAGGUGGCAGGACAGCCUGGUGAGGGACAGCAGGGCGGCCACCAUUUUCACCUACUCAGAGCUUCAUUCGCCAGCCAACGACUCUUUCUUCUACAGCCAGGCGCGGCCCCAUGACAGGUACGUGUGCGAGGCGACAGUGAAGGAGCUCCGGCCUGGCUGGGGACACUCCGCUGACGGCACAUUGCUCAAGAUUAUCAAUACAGAGAACUUCCCGCAGCGAAUCCGCAUGGAAGUCUGCAGCGGGGCGGUGGGUGACCUGUGUCCCUUCGUGCCGCCACCACUCGCCUCCACCUGCCGUCAACGUUACAGCCUACACAAGAUGGCCGCCUUAGAUCCACAGGCCCCUGGCGGCGGAGUCUUCCAGGCAGCUUUCAGGGUCCCAUCAGGAUGUUUUUGUCAAGUCAGGCAACAGACUCCGCUACCAGAUACCUCGGGGCUCAGCGGUGGCCCUGCUGAGGAGAGAGAACACUCACAGCAGUCAGUGACAGAAGCUCCGGUCGCUGUAUCUACGCCAUCCCAGCGAUUCACCAGGACCCAAAACUCCGGGCCUGAUGCUUUCGGAACUCUGGACGUCAGCUCGGAACCGCAAGCAGCCUUUGGUCAGCACGACAACCAGGGGUUGCAGCACCAGGCGUGGCAGGACCAGGAAGGAUCUAAAUGGCAGGAUUUACACCAGCAGCCACACCACAACCAGCAGCCUCACCACAUAUACCAACCGGACCAGCAACAGCACCACCAGCACCAGCAGCAGCACCAGAACCAGCAGACCAAGCAGCAGCAGCAUCAUCAGCACCAGAACCAGCAACAUCAUUUCCAGGAGCACUCACAUCAGCAGCAGCAACACCAGCAUCAGGAACAUCAACAGCAAAAUCAACACCAACAACACCAACACCAGUUGCAACAGACCGAGCCACAUCAACGCCAUCAUCAUCAACAACAGCAACCACCAUUACCUCCGUCACCUUCAUCACCAACACCACCACCUCCACCACCAUCACCACCAACACCACUACCACCACCAGUACCAGCACCACAUGAACAGCAACAACAACUGUUACUAUUGCAUCAACAAGAGUCCAGCUCCAAGGGGUCGCUGCAUCUGGGGACGUCGACAGUUAGUCCCAAUGAUUGGCGACCCGUAACUUUCUCCCCCGCUUUCAGGGAAUCUCUUGAAACUUCCCCGCACCCUCUGGUCACUUCCUACUUGCAGGUCACUAACAUUACUUUCUCGCGCCCUCCUAGCGGAGUGACAAACUUUGAGACUCCUCCCCCGACCAUUGGUACAGUCUCGCCGAAAGCUCUGUUCCAAGCCACCAGUCCUAUUACCAACCCCACCCUCCCUCCGACCACCACAGCCCUCCACCUCAUCACGCCUUCCACACCCCAGGACUCAAGGCUCCUUGGCGACGAAAAUGAAUUCCUGAAUGUAGAAUUUCCUCCCCCAACCUUCACUACGGGUCCGGUGACGGACUCCCAUCACUCCCAUCACCCUCACCAGGGCAUCAUCGGUGAGCUGAACCACCUGGGAGUAAGGGCUGUUGGGGACAAUGUGCAAGUGUCCGAGACUGGAGACAACAACUUCAUCCUGACGCUGCAGCAGGUGCGGCAGGAUGGGACGCAGGUGCCUCUAGAGCUGCUCAUAUCUGUUGAUGGUCGUCUUAUCUCGGCUGCCUCUUCCCUUUCCUCGGACUCGACACACGCAGCGCAGAGGCGACGCGGUCUUGAAGACACCGAAGUGGACCUCCAGCAGCUGCCUCGGACGGUAAAAAGAUACGUAAAGGAACUUCGGGGCAAAACUCAACAUACCGGAGGCUCUCGCACUCAUGACGAUGUCCAGGAUUCAUCAAACUCCUCUGGUAAUGUACUUCACUUGGCCUUAAACAACGACACAUCAAAGGCCCUAAUCCUUAACGCAAAAUUAGCUCCUAUCAAAGAACGGGGAGAGCAGAGGACGUCCGAUUCUCUCCGUGCGUCUGGUGAAGUUGGUCCUCGCAACAGAGACUCUUUCCGCCUUGUCAGCUCGUCUGUGCCUAAGAAGCUCCCGUUUCCUCACCCAGCCAGGAUGACCAACGCACCUCGACAGUGGAUGCCGCCACCCUCCACGCUGCCUCCUCGAUCCUUUAGUGAUGCUCUCCAGGAUUCAAAAUUCAUCACCGUCACAACGUCCCCAGAACUUUCCUCCCACCAGAUAACCUUUUCUCAUCGUGACAACUCUUUCCCGUCCCUCAGCACUCCCUCCUCUCGUUCUGUCCCCACAGCAUAUCCUCAUGGAAGAGAAUCAGGUUGGGACAUUUCUCAGGCCAGCCAGUCACAGGCCUCACAGUUGAAUUCCAAGAAGCACCCUGUACCAGAGGCUCACCGUCUCCCUGCUGACUGGUGGACAUCACAACUUUUCUCAGAGCGGCCGCACGUUAUACAAAACUAUUUCAUUAAUUUCCAAGACAAUCAAAAGAAGGAGAAGGCAGCGAGUGGCUCAAAAAUGGUGUCUACCUCUGACGCAGCCGAAGGGGAGUCUCUUACCAGACAGAACUUGGGGCUCGGGCUUCGUGAGAGUUUUGCAAGAGGGCCGCAGAAGCGACCUGCUGCAUCGAAUAACAUCACCCGAAAGACUUCCCUCUCAAGACAGCGCCUCUCUUCCCUCCUGAACUCCACCAGCAACUUAUUUGGUGAAAAAUCCAACUCACGUACUAAUAAAGGUUUCCCGAGGUUUACUUUUCCAAUGAUAGUUUUGGAUAACAUGUCUAAUGACCGAACAAAGAGGAAGCUAAAGGGCCAAGCAGCACCGGUGUUUUCACUGUCACGACCAAGAAAAAAGACCAGCAACAGGACGAUUCGUGAUGUUGGCGAUUUGGCAAGCAAUGUUGAGAAUGCGGACACCAAAGUGAAAAUUCGCCUUAAGUUUGCAAAGAGCCUCACAGAAUCUGGUUACAUCAUCCCACACAAUGAAAGAGUUCUGCAGCCGUCAAGUGUCGGUAGCAGCCUCUACGGUGACGCAUCAAAGUCGAUUAUGACACCCUCGAGAAGCAAACUCCAGUUGACGCUUUCUCCGGUGAGUCCAAUACAAACAGCCUGGCGCGGCGUCCAUGCUUCAUCACGUACCCUCGGUCACACGUCACCAUACAUCACGACAAACACCCGCAGUUCCGGAAGAAAGGGAGCACAGGUCUGGCUGGCGGACACCAUAGAUCGCGCGUCCUUCUCGUCCAUGGAAAUGUCAGAGUCCCAAAUUCAACCACAGUGGCGUCCAAGCCUCAGUCAGGGGCAGGAAUUUGCUCUCUUGGCGCACCCGGUAACUGGUGACCUGUUGCCCUUCCCUCCCUCUACUGAUGUCACGCUACAUCCACGACCAAUGAUAGCCAGUGCAGCCAUUGCUCAGGACGUGUUUUCCCCGCACCGCCACUCCCAGAUCCACAUUCUUGGAAGUCAAGCCCAGCACAGGCCUGUACUUGCUUCUGCCACUAGGCAACCUUCGAGAGUAAGAGAAUACAUCUUAUCUCCGGUGCUUCCCCUAGAUGUGGUGAUGGCGCAUCAGCGCGAGAGGCUGUGGGGGAAAUGGUAA